AUGGCGGAGCAGGCCAAGGAUAAUUUGAAGAAGGCGGCACAUGACCCCAACGGUGUCGUUGUAUACGACAACUUCAAUCUCAAGAGUAACGUUCGCGAGCUUGUCGGCGGUAAAAAGGCAUCGAUGAUUAAUCUUACCACCGCUUCUCUUGUCGGCUGUCCCGAGCUCAACGGCCCUCUCAUGCAGUCUUCACUCGACCACCUGACACAACCAUUCACCCGCGAGAUGGUUCGUAUUCUGAAGGAGAUCUGGAAAACCUGCUUCACGUACAAUGGCUGGACCGGCAGACACGACGAUUUUAUGAACCCCGACGAAGAUGCGAAAAUUGAUAUCGAGUUUCGCAGUCACUGCCGGCUACUGCAGUGUGUGGAGGUCCUGCUUAUCAUCCAUGAAGCAGUCCGUCAAGGGGAUUACGGCCUGGUCAAGGACAUCAUUACCAUGCUUCCAGUCCUCUUCUGGGGCAGCCGCGGCACCAACUACGGCCCUGAGAUGCUGUAUUUUGCCUGGCUUUUGCAUCCAAAUGUCAGCAAGGAUGAGGUUACCCGCAAUGCGAUUCUGAAGGGCGGUCUAGUUCGCUGUACUACUGCUGGUAGUAUGUACAAGGCCAUUGGUCUUAUGCAGGAGCAUAUCCACGCUGGAUAUGCUCAUGACAUCAAGACGAAUCGGAACUCGACGCAUGAUAUCGAGGCAACCUUCAGCCGGCUAGCCGUCAAUGGCGCAUAUCUGGUUACAAUUCGCCGGUCGGUUGAGAGAGUCUUUGGCAGGCAACAGAAAGGCGCGCAUGCGGCUGGCGACCCUGCGACUGAUAUCAUAUCUUAUGCUUGCAAGCUGUAUAAGGAUGGGAUGCCACGCCGGGCUUCUGAGGGUCGCCCCGACGCCUUCGAUGCACCUGAUCUACGGGUAAAAGGUCAGCAGAAUCUUCUGAAGAAAUUGGAUGACUUCAACGACGUUAUUCCAGAGCCAAAAGAUGCUGCAGAUCAACGAAGUCUUCCGGGAGUUGGCAGUGGGCUGGGCGAGAUUGAGAUUGACUGGGCGGGCGAAGGAGAGCGGUUGUUUAACGUUGACGAUGAUCUCUGGGCGGAUGGCUUGGAUGACUUGGGCGUAGCAUUCUAA